GCAGCCACCUCUGGAGGCGGGCACCUUAAAACACUGGGAGAAACACUGCUGUGACACACUGGUCUGGCUUCUUGCCCACAGCCCUGGGAGCAGCGCAAGCGAGCAAGUAGCAUCCCGGAGCACGCUGCGGCUCCACACGGCAGCCAGCCCUCAGGAUCGGAGCAGCACAGCCCGCACAGGCAGGAGGAUGACGCUAUGGAAUGGCUCCUUCCCCUUCUACCCCGGUGCCAAUCCGUGCUUCCCCUUUGACACCACCUGGGCUGUCAUUGUCUCCAUCUUCCUCUCCAUGUUGGCCACUUUCAUCAUCAUCCUGCCAGGGAUCCGGGGCAGGGGGCGACUCUUCUGGUUCCUGCGAGUGGUGAUGGGUCUCUUCGUGGGAGCGGUGGUCCUCACCAUACAGUUCACCAGGGACUGGGAGACUGGCUGGGUGACAGCAAACACCUCCUACAAGUCCUUCAGCCGUGCCCUGGUAAACGUGGACAUUGGGCUGCACAUUGGCCUGGCGGGGGUGAAUGUCACACUAGUGGGAAACCCAGUGCGUCAGCUCAAUGAGACCAUCAGCUACAAUGAGCACUUUGCCUGGAGCUUCGAUGCGGACUAUGAUCACAGCUAUGAUGAAGGCCUGGAGAAGGGGCUCCCCAGUCCCAUCCUCUACGUGGCGGAGAAGUUCACCUCCCAAAGCCCCUGUGGCGUGCACAGGCAGUACCGCAUCUCCAGCCGCUACGCCUCCCUCACACUGUGGAUGGCCUUUUGCACAUGGCUCGUUUCCAUCCUGUUGUUCUCCAUGCCCAUCCUGCUCUAUGGUGGCUACAUGCUUCUACUCACUGCCGCACUGAUGCUCUUCUCAUUGCUCUUCUUCUUCACUGCACGGAGCACCGCUAAGUGCCCCAUCCGGUUUGGCACAGCUGCCUUGAAAACAGACUAUGGAGGAUCCUUUUGGCUGACAUUAGCGACGGGGCUGCUGUGCCUGCUGCUGGGGCUGGGUGUCAUCAUCUUCAACUCUGUGCAGCCAGAGAAACUGAAGCUUGUCUUUAACCUGGACGAGAGAAAGGGAGAAGAAGAGGAGGGGUGGGACAAGCCCUACCUGCCUGCCGAGCCCAGUUCCUCUGCGCAGGACAUGCUGAUGGUGCCCCUGAGUGAGCUUUGUGAGGUGACAGCCACCCAGCAGUAAGGGCAAAGCCCGAGGACAUCCCUUCUGAAUCCACGCUCCUAUCCAACUACACCAGGAGCACGGGUGGGAAGACACAUAAGAGCUGGUUGACAAGAACAUCCAAGCCCGGAAAACGGUCUCAAAUAUGGCAACUUGCCCUCUCUUUUUUUUUUUUUUAUUUUUAUUUUUUUAAUGUUUUUUUGUUUUACUCACCAGCAGCUGGAAGAGGUUUUGGGGUAGAGACAAUCCAGCCCCAUCCCUGAUUGUCCAGUCACAGGCACUGGGCUACUGCAAUUCCCCUUAGUCCAACCCCAACAAACCUGAAGAGUCCUAAAGCAGACACUAAACUAGAGCAAACAGGAGAAACCAAGUAGCUGCAGAUGAAUAG